GCUAACUGCUGGUUCCCCGUCCAGGCUUUUGAACGCAGGCUGAAACUGUUUUUCCAGCAUUCUACGCGCUCGGUGUCCCUGCCUGGACUCUGCAAAGGAAACUCUCCCUUGGGAGAGAGUGAUGGGCAGGGAGGCGUGGGAAGAGGAGGGAGAAGCCUCCAGCUGCUGCUGGCGGCCCGCAGGCCCCCCGGAGGAGGAAUUCCUGGUCACCUCCCUUACCCUUUCCUUCCCGGAUGGAACAAGAAGAUAACCAGGGUGUCAGUAAACACCAGGAAUCAGAAGACAAAGGAAUGGGCUCUGAUUUUGAAAAUUCUGAGGACAGGGAAGGAGACCCCGAAGGAGGAAUGGGCUCCAAUCUGCAGGACACAGCUGGGGCAGAAGGCCACCUGGCACAGGAGACUGGCUCCAUCCCACAGGAUGAAGUGCUAGGAGGGGACUCAAGGGAGAGGGAAGUGAUGCCCAACAUCUGCACAGAGGGGCUGCUGAGUGAGGAAGAAGGGGUUGCUCUCCAAGAAGAAGAGGACGGCCAAGCUGGAGUGGCUGACGUGGCGAUGUUUCCGGGACUGUCUGAGUCUGACAGCAUAACCCGGAGCCCUGGGGAAGAGGAGGAGGAGAGUGCUGGGGAGAACCGGCUUGGGGAGGAAGAGGAAGAGCAGCCGCCGCCUCCCGUACUCCCCUGGAGGCGACACCUCUCCCUGGGGAGUCGGCACCAGGGAGAAAAGCCUGCCCACCGCCGCUUCCACCGGCUCCACCACCCCAUGGCCAUGGACCUCGGGGAGCUCGACAGCCUGGUGGCCAGCAUCAUGGACGCGCCCACCAUCUGCCCCGACUGCGGGGAGAGCUUCAGCCCGGGCGCCGCCUUCCUGCAGCACCAGCGGAAAAAAGCGCUGGCCCGGCCCCCGCGCGAGAAGCCUUUCCGCUGCGGGGAGUGCGGCAAGGGCUUCAGCCGGAACUCGUACCUGACCAACCACCUGCGCCUGCACACGGGCGAGCGGCCCAACCAGUGCGCGGACUGCGGGAAAAGCUUCAGCUGGCGCGCCGACCUGCUCAAGCACCGGCGCCUGCACACCGGCGAGAAGCCCUACCCGUGCCCCGAGUGCGGCGAGGCCUUCAGCCUCAGCUCGCACCUGCUGAGCCCACGCCGCGCGCACGCCGCGGGCGCGGGGGCGGCGGCGCUGCGGCCAUUCGCCUGCGGAGAGUGCGGCAAGGGCUUCGUGCGCCGGUCGCACCUGGCCAACCACCAGCGCAUUCACACCGGCGAGAAGCCGCAUGGCUGCGGCGAGUGCGGCAAGCGCUUCAGCUGGCGCUCGGACCUGGUGAAGCACCAGCGCGUGCACACGGGCGAGAAGCCCUACAUGUGCUCCGAGUGCGGCGAGACGUUCAGCGUCAGCUCGCACCUCUUCACGCACAAGCGCACGCACUCUGGCGAGCGGCCCUACGUGUGCCGCGAGUGUGGCAAGGGCUUCGGGCGCAACUCGCACCUGGUGAACCACCUGCGCGUGCACACGGGGGAGAAGCCGUUCCGCUGCGGCCAGUGCGAGAAGCGCUUCAGCGACUUCUCCACGCUCACGCAGCACCAGCGCACGCACACGGGCGAGAAACCCUACACGUGCAUCGAGUGCGGCAAGAGCUUCAUCCAGAGCUCGCACCUGAUCCGUCACCGCCGCAUCCACACGGGCAACAAGCCGCACAAGUGCGCCGGAUGUGGCAAAGGCUUCCGCUACAAAACGCACCUCGCGCAGCACCAGAAGCUGCACCUGUGCUAGACCUGGGUCGGAGGCGGCUGCCCUCAGGGAAGGCCAUGAGCAGUGCUUAUGUGGGACAGACACUGUAGAAAGAGCGGAAAAGGGGUGGGAGGGACAGUCCGAGGGUGACUUGGGGAGCCUGGGCAUUAGCAGAUAUUGAAGGUGAAGGUCAGGAAAGGGCUGUUCUUUUGGGGUGCUGUAUGAUGCCUGCCCUAGGUAUGUAAAGAAAAACAUUUGGGGAUGUGCUGCCUGCCUCAGAUACGCGCUGUAGGGGGUGAGGAGCAUGGCAGAGCCGGCGCUAUCUGGACCUUUGGGAGCGGAGUUGGCAGGUGAUAGAGAACAGCAGGCAGUAGAGUAGGUGGGCUGUGAUGUAUGAGAACCUGGAGAGGGUAUGGUUGGAGCGGUAAGGGGCGCGGGGUAAAAUGAAACCGCAGGUAUAGAUUGUAUGCUGGGCCCACCAGGUGGUAAGCCAGUGUUUACCCUGCUCCCAUAUCAGCUAAAGCCCCUCCAACAACAGGGGAACUCUGUCAAACCUAGAAAAAGGAUAGUCUACUCUUCCUUUCUCUGAGCCACAAUUAGCUGCUGUUUUAAAGCAUCCGUGAAAACUAGGCAGGAAAACUGCACACCCCCAUCUCAAGAGGCAACCCCUGGGGUUUAGGCAUUCAUGUAUGACUGGUUCUCAGAUCUCCAGAGGGAAAUCCUGGUCCUGCUCCUGGUUGCUGCUACUUCAUGCCAGCUGGUGAAGGACCUGGCCUGCGUGCCAGGUGUGUGCCACGCCCAGCGUUUCUUUCAGGUCUCACUUCAGAUCGGCUACGUGCAGGGAAUGGAACAGUCCCAGCCAUGUGUCACGUGCCCCUUCCCAAGUUAGCUUGUGCAUGUUUCAGAUUAACCUCACACCAUCAGCAGGUGCUCAAGUGACCUGCUAGGGAAGUCAACCAGCUCAGAGUGUCGCUGGGUGAGAAUCCCAGAAAGCAGAGUGUCCACAUGUUGGGAUGCAGGGCACCUUUGUCUCCUUUGCCUUCACUUUACAUCUGUGUAGCCUGUCCCCUGUGGACUCCACUGCCAUCCGUAUUGAUGAGGGAUCUAGUCCCAGGAAGAAUUUCUUUUUCUUCCAUGUGGAGGCACAGUAGAAACCUCAAGGAUUUACACAGGAAGGGCACAGUUAGGGAGAGGUAUAAAUGGAAAAUUGCCAAAUAGCACAAACAAUGAAUGUUUUUCUGGUUGUUCCAUAGAUGCCAAAAUAGCACUUUUGUAUUUGCGAGGUGCUUUAUGCUUUUAAGAGAUUGCAUUAGUUGCUUCUCACAGUUGAAGAAGUGGAUCAGUAUUAUGACCCCUGCAGGAGUGUGGCAGGCUGUCCUGAAGAGACUGAUGACUAUGUGAACAGGUGUGGCCUGACCUUUGGAAUUCUCCAGCUCAGCUGCUAGGAAGACUUCAUGAUUUAUAUAAAGAAAUUAAGACACUGAAAAUUCUUAUGCUUGAUGGGAAAUUUAAGGCUAGCCUAGAAGGGCCAAAGAUGUCCAUAUUGACAAAGCUGGUCUUUGUCGACUAUUUAGGGUCUCUUAGCUCUAUUCCAUUUCCAGUAAGGGGCUAUAAUUGGUUAGACUCUUGUAUAAAUUUCAGUUUGCUCUGCUGAAAACCCCUUCCCUAGGUUAGCCUUUAGAAGUUAGACUUGUGGAAAGCAAUAUUGUUUUCUUCACUAGCGGUCGUUAGUGUAUACCUUUCAUGGAAGCAUCGACACAGACUGUUGGACACAGUGAAGGGGGAAAAAAAAAACUACAAGAUUGUUUUUACCGUUUUAGCCAAGUUUCUGUGGAUGCUAGUGAUUUAUACUUGAUGAGCUGUAUUCUAGCAAAGAACCUCUUUGGGGACUGUGGGAAAGCAUGAUUUUGUCAUUAUAAAAACACAUUUAAAAAAAAUUCUCGAUCAUUCUGGGCUUGUAUAAUGCCUGUUGAUUUUGCCCUCUUAAUCAGUUUAUUGUUAUUCACAAAUGCAAAUAGACUUUCCAACUAUAGUGUUGAAAGCACUAAUUUUUAUUUUGUUUUAGUCAAGAGCGAUACUAAGCAAAUAUGUGUUAUUUAUUCUGACUCUCGUGGUCUGAAUGCUAAGAGUACAAAACCCACCUGAAAAUGAUACAGCGAAUAAGCAGAUAACCUUACUCCUUUGUGGGUAUUUUUCAUGCACAUCUACCUCUUCCAGCCGUUUUAAGUUCUCUCAAGUCUGCCUGUGAAAUUGCAUCGAAGUUCUGAUUAUUCAUGGGUUGAUUAUCCCCUUUAGGGGGUACUUGGUCUUUGACUGCCACCGUUAUGCAGUCUUAUCUGCAUCAAAAUGUUAUGUAUCAACAAUACUGAAUGAAAAGGUUUCAACAGGGUGGCGAUUAAAGCUAAUGUAAAGUAAUUUAGUGGUGGUGGAAAAUUUGGGGCUUCAUUUACCUCUCAUGUUCUGUUACCACGGGUAGAGUCUGCUAUUACAUCAGUACCCCGUCCAUGCGCAAAUCCCUCAGAAGAUAACGCUUAACCACCAACGCCCUGUUCUCGUGGUGCAUUUAAAUGUGAUUCCAUUUUUUCUUAGCAUUCUUCAGGAGACAUAUCUUCCUUAAGUGAAACUAAGUGCAUUCAGGAAGUUGUUUCUUGUACCUAGUUUUAGAACAAUCGUAUUUCUCCAGCAAACCUUGUUACCUGCGGUUCACCCUUGAAAAUGUUCCUCUGAAGGCUUCUUCCACCCACUCCUUCAUGAUGGUGGAGGCGAGCAUGUUACUGGUUUCCUGGGGAGUUUGGUCAAAAGCAGGCUUCCUCCACUGCCUUUACUAAGCAAAACCUGGAGCAGUUUAAAGAGGUGAAAUGGCUUUGGUGAAAUCUUAAGCUCUGAGUUGGGAGGAGAAGUGGAGAAGUUAACCCCUUGAGCCGUGUGAUCUCUUUUGCAAUCAAGAGGCUGUACAUCUGUGAAAAGCACAAAGCAGAACCUGUGUCCGUAGACAAUCGGACUGUGUUUCUGAAGCCUGUGCAAGAUUUACUUCACUGUAAUGUUAUUUUACAGCUGCUUGUUAAAAUAGUGAAUAAUUUAAUGAUCCUAAAAGUACCAGGUUUUGUGUGAGUGUGUGCUUGUGUAUGUGAGAAUUGCCUGACUUUCAGGUUAUUUUAUUUAAUGAUGGUUUCUUUGGACAACAUUCUGGUGUUCAGCAACCAACAUGGACUAUGUAUCAUUAAAUCCAUAUCAGUCUUUUA